CAGCCAGGUAUUACGAAACCCCGGCACUAAAAGUGAAAUUUUAAACGCAACAACCCGAAAGUCCCCCAUAGCAAAAUCGAAAAAUAUUUAUCUUCGUGUGUUGGCAAAAAAAAAAUAGGAAAAGAAAAUGAAAAGUGACUUGUGACCAUAUCAGAGAAAUCAAAUGAUUCCAAAGUCGAAAAUAUCAGUAAAUUAAAAACCAAAUAAACCCACUUAGACAUCGCACCGCAUUCAUUUGGAUUAAUCAAUUUUCAUUUUCGGACAACCGACCAACAGGCAUGCUGUACAGCGAUUUCCACAUUCUAGCCGAGACCAGUUUUAAAUGAGAUUUAACUAGAUAAAUGAAUGAAGGCUUCGGACCUGCAACGCAUGGCAUCAGCAAAACGGACGGAAGCUGCAUCAGCCACCACAGUCAGAGCAACGGGAACGGAAUCGGAGGCGUCAACGGGAGCGGAAACGGAAACGUCGGCCACCACCUCGGUGGAGUCCUGCGCACCACUGACCUGGCCAGUGGGGCCAUGGAGUGCCUGCCGAUGAGCAGCGCCGCCCACCACCCACAUUUGAUGGCGGGUGCCACGGCGGUCGGAGCUGUUUCCUCCUCCUCGCCCACGGCCACCGUGGUGGUGGGGGCCACGUAUCCGCAUCACCUGCACCACCACCACCUGAGCCACCACACGCCCUACAGCAACAGCUACGGGAGCCAUCACAUCCACAGCGAGCAGACCAAAUCGCUGCAGGAGCUGCAGCACGAGGUGGGUGCUCUGCUGGAGUUCCGGGAUCUGGUCAUCGAAACGUUUCCGGACCUCAAGCACAAGAUGGCCUCCAUGUCCGCCACGCCCUCGACGCCCACAUCUUCGGUGGGUGCCAUCGGUGGCAGUCACUCGGUGGGUGGCGGCAGCUCCUCGUUAGCCACCAGCAGGCGCGAAUGGGAGCCGGGUAUACGCAUGAAGCGGAAGUUGUCGCACAAGGAACCGUCCACGUCGUCAGCGUCGGCAGCUGCUCCUUCUUCUGGGGCGGAAGCGUCGUCCUCGUCGCUGACACGCAGCCGCAGCAACUCGCACAGCGGCAAGAAAGAGCCAAAGAGCGGAGAGAACAACAACGGCAGCGUUGUGCAAGACUCCGGCUUCUCAACGGAGACUAGUUCCUCCAAGGAGGGCCACAGUGCCUCCUCCACCAACGGUGCUAUGACUGUGGCCAUAGCAGCAAAUCGCCUGAGCUGUGCUGAGUCGGACGAUGAGCUGCUCAACCUGCUGGACGUCAUCCACCGCAAGUCCAAUCGCUUACGCGAAGAGGUGGAGCAGUUGCAGAGCUACGAGCGCCAGCAGGGGAACUCCCAAACAGCAGAGGGAGAGGGCAAGGGUGCCAGCAAGGAUGCAAUGACGCCGCAGCAAUUCCGGGAGCAGGUGGAGCGACUGAAUCGCGAGGACAUUAAACAGCUGCGCAAGGAGCGUGACCGUCUGCUGGAUAAGCUGGCCGAAAUGGAGGCGGAAACGCUGACCGGAAGGAUCAAGGCGGCCAAGAUGAGCGACCAGGUGGAGGAGCUGGUUGGGGUGAAAAAGGAUCUCGAGGAGCAGUUGAAACUGGCGAUGGCCCAGAAGCUAGAGCUGAGCUCGCGGGUGCAACAGUUGCAGCAGCAACAGCAGCAAAGCAAGAGCUCUUCCAGCGCCAGCCAGUCGGAUUACUCCAGUCAACGCAACUUUCUAUCCUCAGCCACCACGGUGCUCUCCAAUGGCAGUCGUCCCAGCAGCAACAUCAUCAGCAACAACACAUUCCAGCCGGUCGUCCUCGAUCAGCCAGCGCAGGAAGCAUUCCAUCAAAGCUCAGGCAGUGAUAUAACAUUGAGGAAACAGCAACAGCAAUCCUUGGGACGACUCGAUGGCAUCGUGAGCACGCCCGGAACGCGCAACUCCAAGUGCCGUUUGACCGACUCCAAGCGAUUCGCGGCCAUUCUCCUAGAGACGAAUGUUCUAGAGCUGCAGCGCCACUUGCUCACCCUCACCGUGCAGAACCAGGUGCUGGCCCAGAAGCUGGACUCGUCCAGCAAGUCCAAGACGCUGCUGGCCAAGCGGCUGGACAAGAGCAGCGAGGAGUUCGAGCAUCUGCGCUACCAGCUGGAGGAGAAGAGCAUCGAGCUGGAGGGCACCAAGGCGCAGUUGCGUCUGGUGGAGUCCCGCCUGCAGGCGAGCAACAGCACCACCAACUCGUAUCUGCACUCCUCGCAGCAUGACUACGAGACCAAUCGCUCCUCGGCUUCCACCACGCUGAUGCUGAGUCGUCGUGGAGUCUCCGACUCUGUGGACUCCGCCUCGACGGCCAUGCCCGCCCCGCCAGUCACGCAGAUCAGUACGCCCAGCAUGAAAGCAAUGGUGCCGCUGGCCAUGGACGAGCUGCAGCAGCACAGCAGCAGCACGGAGUCGGCGCACGAGCACGAAAAUCAAGCGCUUCGAACCCCGACCAGUACCAACUCCCCGCUGAGCAAGACGAUUAUUAAUGCGAGUCCGUGUCCCGUGGGCAGCAGUACGCCCAGUAACAUAGCCGCUCGUGUGAUGAGCAUCAGUGUGGGCGGGGUGAGUCCGUUUGAGUCCGGCAUGACUCCGCCGCCGCGACAGAAUGCGUUCCGCAAGUUUGGAAGUGCUAGCAAGCCCAGCAAGAUUCCACUGCCGGGCAGCAAGGCGGCGGCCUAUUUCUCCGGCAAACCCCCAACGGGAAGACCCUCAACGGCGGGACGCUCUCCGCCAUCGGCGCACAACUCGAGCAGCACCUCGUACGGCAGUAAAUCCUCGCUAAGCAGGAGUACUGGCAAUCUGCAGAGCUUGAGGAGAGCGGACACGUCCGCCUCCAACCAUUCGCUGAGUACGAACACGAGCCGCAGUUCGACCUCCUCCUCGAUACCGCUGGCCACCACACCUUACUCAUCCGGCUCGACUGGCAAUCGCAGCCAGCCGACAGCCGCAACGACUCCGUCCCCGCGUGUGCUCCAGAAUUCGCCGCUGCCCAAGCUGAAGCGGGAUACGAUCAGCUCGAGGGUGCGUCAUCUGGACUCCCUGUCACGUGCCCAGCAGUCGCCGGAGGGCGUUAGGGGCACCACCACCACCUCCAUUGCCGCCCAGCUGAGCUCGACGCUGCGCAAGGAUCUCCAGCUGAGUGGAAAUGGGACGGGGGCUCCCUAUCAUCAGAACCACCAGAACCACAGGCGCAGUGGCCACUCGCCGGCGUCCAAUUCGUCUGGGAGCGGCGUGUCCAGGCGGUACAGUAGUGCCUCGACAGGGGGUUCCGGUGGUCGAGCCAUCGGCCGGGAUCAGGGCGAGACCAUCACGCCCACAUCCAGCUAUGGCGGCGACAGUGACAGUGGCAAGAUUUUCAAGCCACUUCUUGCCAUAACCAAAGUCAGCUUUAUGAAGAUGAUACAAGAAAAUCCAAACGUUUGACAACUCAAUUCUCCAGUUCAAGAAUGGUCAACACACCUCUCACAAACAGUAUGUUCAAUAUAACGCACCCUAGAAUACCUUUUCAAGACCCUGCAGCUUUUGCUUGGGUUUGGGUCGUUGACUUAACACUUGGCUAGUGAAAGGUGCCGCCUAUCAAACUCUCACUGCCUAUCGAUGCCUUAGGUGCUCAGUAGCCGGCUUUAAUUAAUCAGCAAUUUCACAUGCAACUACAGCAACACCAGCAGCGGCGGCAGCAACAACAACUGCAAUGUUUCCUCUAUAUAGUUAUGUAUAUAAAAAGUAAAACAAAAGUCAAAUGCCUGUACAAUAUCAUUUCAUUUACUCAUAUAUAUUAUGCAUAUCACGAUUACUGCGGCUCAGUAUAUUUUCCUCAAGUAUGCAUGUCUCAUUGUUGGAUCAGCCAGAGUUUCUCAUUGUGUUCGAAAGCGAGUUUAAGCAUAAUUAUUAGUUUGCGUGUGUAUUUAAAAUCUAUUAUUAUUAUUAUUGCUUUCUUUGUAAUUAUUAUAAGCUAUACUUAAACUACUUACUGGGCUUAAUUUAAAGGCUAAUUUAUUGAUUUGUGUAUGAAGCAGAUGGGCCUAUACCAACCUAUGCGUAUACGCUAUUACAUAAAAAUAUAAAACCGAUUAGAGUAUAACAGACUUUUCGAUUUAUUUGUUAAACCUAUGAAGAAGGAAAUAAAUUUCGUGUAUUAAAAUAACAAAAAAAAAGACUUGCCCUAAGUUAGUUAACUGCUUGCCAGUAAACAUAUCAUUAUAAGAGCCUGCAAGGAUCUUGGUUUUAUCACGUGGUCGAUAGCUCAUCCGAAGGUCCAACUAACCAAACACUCACUCUCAUCCACAUUCACACCAGGACAAUACACCAUCGACAGCAUCGAGCGCUUUAUUUUGGCUUUGUUUGUGCAUUGUGCAAGCCACCCAAGAAAAAUUCCAAUUAGACGAUCACACUUGAAAUAAUUUGUAUCUAAUGCUGUAAUUUCUUUUUACUUUUACUUUUUCUUUCUGCGCCUUUCUACCCUGUUUGUAUGUCUACUCCAAAAACAAAACAAAAAAUUUAUACUGUCUGUUGUUGUCAUAACUCACAUAUAUACUCGUAUUUUGUGUAUCCGAAAAUCUGACCGAACCAAAAAAUAUCCCCGCAAAAAAACGUAUAAAUAUAAAUGUACAUAAAAAAAUAUGUCCAACAAACCAACCAACCAACCAACAUAAAAAAACCAACCAACCCAAAUCCCAAAAAACCACCAACAGCCCAAAAUGUAACUAAAACCAUUGUGAAAACAAGCCACUUUUCCUAACAAACGCCAGGCUACACAGAGAAAAUAAUCAUCGGAGUUGGUAUGGAUAGCAGAAGUUACCCAUGUUUGUGGACCUAAGGUGGUGUAUACUGAUUGACUGAUUGAUUGACGAUGUUGGUGGUGAAUACACAAAAGUUUCGACUGCAUGCAUGCCAAAAAAAACAGAAAGAAUAUAACCCGAAAAAA